AUGAAGUUUAAACUACCCGAAAAUGCGUUUCCAGAAUUGCACUUAUCCAAAGAACUUCAAAACGAACUGAUUGAAGAAGCAGAGAGCGUAGUGCGCGACACGCUUGCUGCUAACGAAGCCUUCCUUGCUGAUGGUGCAGUAUUUCGAGACCCCAGAUGGAAACUUGUAAAGACAAAAGAUGGAUUGCAUGUGUAUCACCACCAGCGGACACCGACUAGGAACUCUACGGAAUCUAGAACGCUGCAGCGAAAGGAACAGUUUUCUCCGCCCCUCCUAAGCGAAACUAUGACCAUAGAUUCUUCGGGGGCUAGUAGUAAUGUCGAGACCGGAUACGAUCUUACAACUUCAGUGUCUGCAUCAACUGUUAAUGCGAUAAUGAAGAGUCCAAAAGGUUUUCAAGUGGCACUUCAUGGGACUGUGGAUGGAAAUCUAGACGAUGCCAUGUUCGGAACCUUUGCCACUACGAGCCAGGCCUGGAUGUGGCGUAGCUCGCAUACUAACGAUCACCUUGACGAUGCACGUGUAUUGGCAAUCAUAAGAGGCCCGACAGCGCAAGAUCCUUUCCGCUUCCUGGGUGUCAAGUGGUUUGUCAAAGAGCGCCCUGCUAUGCUUGCGGGAAUCGUUCAACAACGAGAUUACCUCAUCCUUGAGGCCACGGGGUUCACACGCGACUCAGAUGGCGAGAAAGUGGGGUAUUAUCUCAUGCACUCAAUAUCGCUGCCACGUAUGGUACCGGAGCUCUCAGAACUUGGCCUCCUUCGCGGAGUCUUAAGUCUUUGCUACAUCGACCGUCAACGCAGCCAUGGAAAAGUCGAAAAGUACUGCAGAGGUUUCAGCAAUCCUCGAGGAAAGAUAAGCAAUAAGAUGGCUGUUCCACUCACUGCUGACUCGCUCAUCUGUGCAGCCAAAAUUGUCGAUUACGCGUAUAUUAAGAAGCUAACGUGGCUUAUGAAGCACAAAGGUAAUCAACGUUUGUCGAGAGAACGACAGACUCAAAGACCUCGUCCCAAACACUGUCAGACCUGUAACAAAAGUUUUACUAAGCUCAUGUUAUCUAGCGCUGCAGCUGGAGUGGCCUGUCAGAUCUGCCGCCGUGUCCUAUGCGGCAGGUGCACUGUUGCCAAAAAGAUGACGGUGGAUGUAUCCGACACUGGAGCAGUAAAACAGUGUGCUCUUCGUUUCUGUCUUGAAUGUCUACGCGAAGCUAAAGAGUAUCCAGCUUGGGAAAUGGUGCAGACUGGAAUCAAUACGUCUGCUUCGGACUCAGCCUUUGUCGGCUUUUGA